AUGGCUGACUCUUGUCCGCUCCCUGAAACCCCGGACCUGCCCACGCUGCAUGCCAAGUUACAGGGGAUGCUGCAAUUCUUAAAAUAUUCUCUGCCCAUUUCGAAUGCUCAUACGGUAGACUUCUACACGGAGUCUGUGUGGGAGAAGCUGAUCGACUUGUCCCCGGAGACAGUGCUGGCAGCGUUAGGGAGGACGACCGCAGCGCGGCUGUCCGAAGCUCGCCCCCUCGUGGAAGCAGGGGGGAAAUCAGGUAUUUUUGAUUUCUCCAAAAUAUUUUGUGAAAUUUCUCAGAAGAUGGUGAAUGUGGAAGCUUUUGCUCUGGCUGCAAAGUAUUAUUCUCUACAAAACCUGGGAGUAUGCACUUCUUUUGAACAAUUGCUUGUAGCCCUUCAAGGAAAUCAGAAACAGAGAAUGGGUGAAAAUAUGAAGCCAGAUGAGUUUAUGAAUAUGAAGAAGUCUCAUGAAGUUCAUAUAAUGUCAGAGAUGAUCAGCAACAUUGCUGAUUUUUGUGGAAUACAGCAGGUAAUUGACCUGGGUUCUGGUAAAGGCUACCUAAGCUCAUUUUUGUGCAUGAAGUAUGGCUUAAAAGUUUAUGGAAUUGAUUCCUCAAGCAUCAAUACACAUGGAGCAGAGGAAAGAAAUAGGAAACUGAAGAAGCAUUGGAGAGUUCAUCAUACUCGGUCAAAAUUAGAUGUCAAUGGACCGGCGUUAAAAAUAUCAAAAGAAAGAAAAGUACAAGAUGAAACUGAAUAUAAGGCAAAUACUGAGGAAGCGUAUAACAACAUUGGUAUAAAUCAAGAAGAGAUGCUUCCUUUGGAUUUUUUGACAGGUUUUUCAGACCCAGAAAUUUCUAAAAGCAAAAAACAAAUGAAAAAUCUGCAUGUUAUCCCACAGCCAGAAGAAAAUUUGUGUUUUGAAAAUGUUUUUCCUUUUGUAGACUUUUGGCCUAUUAAUGCUGUAGAGCCUACUACUUCAUCCCAAAUAUCCAACAGAAAUAUUUCAGAAGCAAACAAAGAACGAAGAAAAAUGGCAUCAAAGUCAUGUGAAUCAAGUAUAUAUUCACCUUUAACGUCUUUUAUCACUGCCGAUUCGGAACUACGUGACAUUAUUAAGGAUCUGGAGGAUUGUUUGAUGGUGGGCCUACAUACUUGUGGUGAUCUUGCUCCAAAUACUCUACGGAUAUUUACUUCUAAGUAUGAAAUCAAGGGAGUAUGCAGUGUGGGUUGUUGCUAUCACCUCUUAUCUGAAGAGUUUGAAAAUCAGCAUAAAGAAUGUACUCAAGAACAGUGGGGCUUUCCAAUGUGCCACUAUUUAAAGGAAAAGAGAUGGUGCUGUGGUCGUAAUGCCAGAAUGUCAGCAUGUUUGGCUUUGGAGCGGGUUGCAGUUGGCCAAGGGCUGCCUACUGAAUCACUCUUCUAUCGUGCUGUCCUUCAGGACAUUAUCAAAGAUUGGUAUGGUAUCACCAAAUGCGAUGGGCAUGUUGGUAAAAUUUAUUCCAAAUCCUCUUCCUUUCUGGAUUAUGUCAGAAAGUCCCUAAAGAAGCUUGGAUUAGAUGAGUCCAAGCUACCAGAAAAAAUUAUAAUGGACUACUACGAGAAGUAUAAGCCUAGGAUGAAUGAGCUGGAAGCUUUUAAUAUGUUGAAAGUGGUUCUGGCUCCCUGCAUAGAGACAUUGAUUCUUCUAGACCGACUUUGCUACCUAAAAGAACAGGAAAACAUUGUAUGGUCUGCACUUGUGAAGUUGUUUGAUCCUGUGAAAUCUCCUAGAUGUUACGCUGUUAUUGCUCUUAAGAAGCAGCAAUGA